ACGGUUAAUGAAGUUCCCCUGGAAAUGCUCUCCUGUGUUUGGAGUCGCCUGCGCUGUCAGAUGAUACUUUAACAGCGAGAUGUGAACAGUUCGUAUUUGGGUCAAAUCGCUGCGUAUUUAAUAUUUGAGCGGAAAAAAAACGCCACCUUACCAAGCUGGCGGUGUUUUCAGGUUUGGACGAAGACCCAGCUGUACGAAAAGUCUGGAUCAGUGGCAGCUAUUCGGAGCAUGAUGACCGAGUGAGUGGUUCUCAGUUUCAUAAUCGCAGAAGUCAUGGGCCACCCAGGAGACGCCAAAACAAUGCACCAGUUCAUCAGAGACUAGGAUGCCAUCCCAAAAGGGGCUCCGGCAGUAAUUUUCCAGGCAGGUCUGUGGAUGAAGAUGGAGAUGUGAACAUGAGCAAUGGCCAUGAUAGGAGUUUUCAGAGGAAAUUCAACCCAUAUGGCCGGGGCAGCCGACGAUGGGAUAAUCGAAUUGCUGAAGACCGAAGAGAAACACCAGAACGGUGCAGGCUACGGGGAGGAAGUCACUUAUCAGGCAAUGAAAAAAAACCAGGAGGCCUGUCAAUCUCAGGAAAAUCCAAGACAUGGUACAAAAUAACGAUCCCUUAUGGCAAGAAACAUGAUAAGAAGUGGCUUUUGACUGCUCUUCAGAAUCUCUGCCCCAUUCCUUUUACUCCAGUACAUUAUUCCGUGGAGGGACAGAAAGUGCAGUUCUUCGUAGAUGAUGAUGACACUGCCAAUGCAUUGCGUAGUAUCUCUCGCAAGAUCGUGGAUAUCGAAGGAUAUAAGGUUGUUGUGAUCAUGAACCCCUGUCCUCCACCAUACUUCCUUCAGAAUGACUUGAAAGACGAGGAUCUUGAACACUUAAAGCAAUGCAUGUCCAAGCGAUUUGAUGUCUCCGAGCAAUUUCUUGACUUGAACAGCAUUCGCAGUGAUCAAGAUUUGAUCUCUCAGAAUAUCGAUGUGAUUCUGAGCCGGAAGAGCUGCAUGGAGGCCGUGCUGAAGAUUAUUAAAGAGAAUGUUCCACAACUGACUGCUCUUAACCUAAGUAAUAACAAGCUCUACAAGCUGGAUGACCUUGCAGAGAUGGUGAACAUAACUCCCAACCUAAGCACUCUCAACCUGUCCCAUAAUGAGUUGAAGUCUGAGCGGGAGCUGGACAAACUGAAAGGCUUGAAGCUGACAGAGUUGUGGCUGGAUCACAAUCCUCUGUGUGAUCACUUUACAGACCAAUCAUCAUAUAUCGGUGCUGUGCGUGACCGAUUUCCCAAGCUCCUCAAACUGGAUGGCCACAAUCUUCCGACACCGAUUGGUUUUGAUGUGGAAACCUGCACCGCAAUUCCUCCGAGUAAGGACAGCUACUUUGUUUCAAGUGACGUCAAGGAGUUUAUUCUGCGAUUUCUGCACCAAUAUUACAGUGUGUAUGACUCAGGAAACAGGCAGCCUUUGCUGGAUGCAUAUCAUGAUGAGGCCUGCUUCUCCCUCAGCCUUCAAAAUGCCAUUUACAAUGUCUCCAAGUAUACCUCAGAGGAAUAUAAAAGUCACAAUCGCAACAUAAAGAGAAUCAAAGACCCUUCGAUGAGGUUUCGUGCAUUGAAGCACACUCGACUGAGCAUAGUCGCCUUCCUGAAUGAACUGCCCAAAACCAAGCAUGACUUGGCCUCUUUUAGUGUUGAUGUGAACACAUGCACUGAAAUGCUACUGGUGUUUACAGUCACUGGGAUGUUCAAGGACUUUGAUGUCAAAUCAAAAGAAAAUAUCCGUGCCUUCUCCCGGGUCUUCGUUGGAGUCCCAGCCAUGAACAAUGCGCUAUGUUUAGUCAAUGAUACGCUAUUUGUGAGGCACGCCACCAUUGAAGAGGUCCGCCGUGCAUUUGCCCCACUUGCACCGACCCCAUCCUGCAGCCCCGUGUCCACCCCCUCUCCCACCCAGCAGGAGAUGAUCUUUAACUUUUCUCAGAAAUAUCAGAUGAAUCUCGAGUGGUCCCAAAAGUGGCUUCAACAGAAUGAAUGGAAUUUCAACCGAGCUGUUCAGCUCUUCUUAGAGCUCAAGGCUAAGGGUUCCAUAUCAGUGGCUGUCACAUCGUGAAAAUGGAUCAGAACAGUUUAUUUAAUAAGUUUGCUGUGAAAAAUUUAAAUGAAGCGGAAAGUUUUAUUAUUAUUUAUUUGUUUAAUUUUUUAUUGUUUGUUGGUUUCAUAUUUUCUUGCUGUUAUUAAAGCUCAGGCUGGAUUGAUAUCUAAACACUAACAGCACUUGUUGGUUAUUUGUUACCAUUGUGUUUUUUAAUAAUGUUAUUUGUGUGCAGAUCAGCCCUUGCUAGGUGCAUUAAAAAAAGCAAUAAAUUCUUUGCUUAUUGUA